CGCUUACUCCCUGAGAAGAGAGAUGGGGAACUGGGCGGAAGCAGAUCCCCCUGGACAGCCUCUUAACAGCUCCAUAGACUUGGAGAGUGGAAGAGAGCCAGGUUUUGAUCUUCCAGGUCAUCCAGCUAAUUCCAGCUCCAGGAAACCUGCAGUAUGGGAUUGUCCAGCUGCCCUCAGAGCCAUAAUCGUGGUUACAAUGGUCGUCGUCAUCGCCCUAGUAGCAGCUUUGAUAGUGGUAACAUCUAAGCAGCCUCCUCCAUGCUCCCCUGCUGCCCCCUGGUGCCUGGACGGCUGGAUCCAGAUCCAAGGGAAAUGUUACUAUUUUUCUAAGGCUGAGGAGAACUGGACCUACAGCCAGAGCUUCUGCUCGUCACACGCUGCCUCCCUGGCCGGGAUUGAGAGUCCGCAGGAGCUGGAUUUCCUGCUGCCAUACAGAGGCAAACUGGACCACUGGAUCGGCCUCUGGAAGGACACGGGCCAGGUCUGGAAAUGGGUCAACGGGACCGAGUUUGACCAUCGGUUUGAAAUAGACAGCGGAGCAGACUGUGCGUACCUGGAUGAAGACCUCACUGUGAUGAGCUCAAGCUGCAGAACACCAAGAAAAUGGAUCUGCAGUAAACCUGAUACCCCUGCGAAGGGAGAGGAGCGAGCGGUGGGAGGGGAUUCGUGAACUCAAGAGAAUCGCAGACCAGCUGUGACAAAGCCUGGUUCUGGUCCCCUCCAUGCUGCAGCCUGGUUCCUUGUUUCUUAGUCUGCCUCCAGGAUUUUAUCCAGUCCUAGUUGUCAAUUACCCUAAUGCUGCCGUUUGUGACCCUUCUCUCGGGGAGGCUAUCACAGUUUCAGGUAACUGGAUCUCUAUCCCACCUCCAUCAGAUGAGGGCUCUAGGCUCCAGCCCCCCCCAGUCUCUGGGCAGAGACCCUGUCCCACUCCCUGACCGGGGCACUUAAAGUUGCACAGCUCCCGUUCAUACACUGCAAUGUCCCCAGCAAGCCAGUCUGACUAAGAGCCAGCGCCUGCGCUUUCUUUCUGAACGCAAUGCCCAGCCUGUUAUAAGCUGAGAGAGGGCUGUGUGCUAGCGGAUACAUUUAUUCUAGGGCAAAAGCAUUGUGGAGACUCUUUGCUGCUUUUAUGUUACAUAUAAUGUUGCUACAUCCAUUUCCCCAUGAUAUUAUUGGCCAGCAAGUUAUUAGUUUUCAAAUGAUGCCUUUAAAAGAUGUAUUUUGUAUAAUGAUUAUUACAAUAAUGUGUAGGGGUGUGAAUAUUAUUUAUUUUU